GUCGCACUUUCCCCUCACUAGACCGCGUUCGUUUAAUAACUAAUAUUUAAUAACGAUAUUCCAUAAAAAUACUUCCGCGAACGUGUCAGGUUUUAUUAAUUGAACGUUUAUUGUUUUAUAACCUACAAAAAGUGCUGGCUGUUAUUUUUUUAAGUUGAUAAAAAUUUGUGUUUGUGGGAAUGAUGUAAGAAACGAAUAUUAAGGUACCCGCUGGGCUGCAGGUCGAAGCGAGGCGAUGAAGCCGUUUAUAAAACAGGCGUUCGUUGUAAGCGGAGCAGCACUUAACAUAGCCGGGCAUGGAUGCGCACACGGCUUUCCAGCUGUGCUGUUCGCGCAGCUGAAGAUCGACGGAGGACCUGUGGUUCUGACUGACCAUGACACUUCCUGGAUAGCGUCAGUGGUCGGCGUAAUGGGCAUCGUCGGCAACUUCAUAUCACCAGUACUGAUGACGCGCUUCGGCCGCCAGAAGGCGCAUCUCAUCUCCACUGUCCCAGCGCUGCUAGGCUGGAUCGUCUUCGUCCUAGGCAACUCCGUACCCGCCUUCCUCACAGCCAGACUACUCCACGGCCUAGCUCUAGGUCUCCGAACACCAUUGGCCGCAAUUCUUGUCGCAGAAUACACAGAUCCAAAAUACAGAGGAGCAUUUCUCGGAACCUUUGCCAUAUCAUUAGGCCUUGGGAUAUUUCUCUCCCACCUUUGGGGUGCCCAUCUGACAUGGAAAAUGACAGCGACUGUCUGUUCGCUGUUCCCUCUAAUAUCAAUGGCAAUUAUAAGUCUUUCCCCUGAAUCAGCUAGUUGGUUGGUAUCUAAAGGACGAUUUGAGGAAGCAAAAAAAGCCUUCAAAUGGGUUAGAGGAGACGGGAAUGAACAACAAGAAGAAUUAGAAGCUAUGAUUAACGCGCAAAAAGAAGAAAUGGCAGUUGAAGACGACCGUAAUAGUGAAGUUAAGAUGACCGUCAAGAAUUUAUUUAAAUCAACGUCGGACGGAAUUAAACGAAUAUUGAGAAUAUUUAAGAAGAAAGAGUUCUAUAAGCCAGCUAUUAUAGCUAUUAGUAUGUUAAUUGUAUUCGAAUUUGGUGGUGCACAUAUGGUAGCAGCAUACGGCAACAUAAUAUUACAGGCUGUUUUAGACAAAGCUGACGCAAAAGAUGUUGCAUGGCAGUUCACUGUGAUCGACUUAUUGAGGACUGUCUGUGCGUUCGUGGCUAUAUUCUUGCUGAAGUACUUCAAAAGAAGAACAAUAUUAUUCACAAGUGGUGCUUUGACUGUGAUAUCUCUGACUUCUAUAUCAGUUUUUGUGUAUAUGAGAAAGGCUGGAUUGUUUGACCAGCCGUGGAUGUUAGAUAUAGUUCCGAUGGCAUUAAUGGUUGCAUAUACAUUGUCGUUUUGUUUAGGAUUAGUGCCUUUGAAUUGGGUGAUAUGUGGGGAAGUGUUUCCUUUAGCUUAUAGAAGUUUAGGGUCUACUAUAUCGACAUCGUUUUUAACACCCUCAUUUGUGGUGUCUAUGAAGACAGCACCCCAUUUGUAUUCCUCAGUAGGAGUGGAAGGUGCGUUCCUAGUAUACUCAGUUACUUUAACAGUCUUCCUGUUGAUAAUGUAUGUGUUGUUACCAGAAACAAAAGAUCGGACAUUACAUGCAAUUGAAAAUAGCUUUAAAGGUAUAAAGAACGUAGAUCCCGAAGUACAAAUGACAUUGAUUAAUAAAGAAAAUGUGGUAAAAUAAGAUACAAAAUCAGUUUCUUCGUAAAACACGGUAUAUUUUAAAAGUAAUGUUGAAAAAGACGUAUUUGAGGAUAAGACAACAGAUGUAGAUGUCCUAAUUAACAAUACGAGCGAUUGAUAUUGUGAUUCGAAGUAGUAAUUAUAUAUUCCAGUCAAGUAAUAUUUUUAGAUGUCAGAUGUAAUUAGAAUUAAGGAAUUUUAAAUUAAAGAAUGACCAAGUUAUAUUUUAAGUUUUUAAAUAUAUUUAGGAUUAAGAAAUUAGGCAUUAAAGAAAGGCCAAAUUAUGGGUACCCCAAACACAACGAGCCUAAAUAAUAAUGAACAAUAGAAAUGGAGCCAGACAAAUAUGUAUUGAUAGACAAUACAGUUACUGCUUAUCUCAAAAUAGAAGCAAGUCGUAUUUUUGACGAAGCAAGACUUAAAUUCUGACGGACAUUUUGAUUACGCGAAGCAAAUCGUGGAUUGAAUCUAAUAUGAUUCUAAGUUUACAGUUGUUGGAAGAAAUUCAAAUUAUGUGUCUCAAUCGACAGUUUGGGAACAGUGGCGUAGUUAGGUAACCAAGGUCCCUGAGGCAAAUAAAAAAUGGGGCUACAUUAUAGUUUUAUUAAAAUGCACAUAUCGCUAUCCGUCAAACUGCCAACCUACAGAAUAAAUUUAGAGGAAUUCCAAAGGUAUAACUUUCGAAUUUCUCUCAACUGAGUUGCCAUGAUUAAAAUCGGGUUGCAACCUGUCAUAUUUAUUUUGAAAAUAGGAGAAAUUUUCAAAAGUUCAAUUAGAUCGAGAUUUUCUGGUAUGGGUUCGAGGGCCCAGCCUAGCCUCUAGGUAGCUACGCCACUGCUUAUGAAACAUCCUCUUGGUAUCCAAUUCAUGGGUUUAAGUUAUAGAGUUUGUUGCGAAUGAAAGUACAUUUGAUAACAACAAUUAUAUUUUGUAUAGAUUCUGUUAUACACUUACAUAAGGCAAUGGCAUGCAGUUUAUCACAAAGUGUCUAAGUAUAAUAUAUACAUUUAUGAAUCUCCUGAGAAAAUAACAAUAUAUAUCUUUUCUUUACUUAUACUCUAUUGUAGACAAGUGUCGAAUUAUUAGCAGAUACAUUCUCCUGCUGUACGAAUGAGAUAGAACGAUACAGCCAAAAUUCUCUGUCUCGUUCUUUCUCAAGGAAGUCAACAAGUAUCAAGCUAAUAGCAGAUACAUUUUCGUCCCGAACGAACGAGUUAGAACGAGCUGCUAAGAUUGUCUGUCUCGUUCUUUCUCAAACGAGGUUGUAGACAAAUGUCUAUUAACAGAUAUGUUCUCGUGUCGAAUGAAUGAGAUAGAAUGAAACUGUCAAAGUUUGCUGUCUCGUUCUUUCUCAAGCGUGGCACCGUAUCACGUCUAUCAUAUAUGUUGCGAGAAGUUCGUUU